GCGCGCGUUUAUUUCUGAGCCGCAGUCGCAGAGAGACAGAGAGCGUGUACGGGAGCGCGCCUGGGAUUUUCUCUCCUUUCUCCUAGAGGAUCGCGUUCAGGAAUUAUCCAGAGGACUUUCAUGUGAACAUACACACACAGACACACACACACACACACACACACACACACACAGAGUGUGAGUGUGUGUGUUUAUUCUGCUAUAUAAGGGAUGAGCUGAUACACAUGUGAUGGAUCACACAUUUCGGGAAUGAUGGAAAACCUGUUAGGAAUAUAAACACACUUUACAGCUUGGAGUGUGAGAGCAGGACAUCAUCCUCACAGCACACAUGUUAUGUCUGAGAAAAACACUCGACUGUGUUCACACAACAGGAACUCUUGGCGGAUUUGGCGGAUUUGGCUGGAAUAUAGAGACACGAACAGCACAUCUGGAGGAAAAUUCAUAAACCGCAGGAUAAACUGAAGAAGUGAUGCCGCGGAACUCUUACUCUGAUCACAGUAAGCCUUAUGGAGGCCUACGAGCAGGACUUUUGGGCGAUUUUCGAGCCACGCUUUCCACAAACACCGGCCCGAAUCAUUCCAGACUCGUUAUAAGAUCUGCACAAGAUAAGGUUUUUAAAACUUCAGGGCGGAUGGAAUUUUCCUUAAAACCGUGUUUUCAGUCUAUGUUUGCUCCUGGCUGUGAGGAACAAGGCUUGGAAGAAGACCUCGGACUGUUUGACACAGGUGCUGUUUGGCAUGUGCUGGAUGUUUGUUCAGCGAUUCCUCUCAGGACAGGAAGAAAAGUCAAAGCCUCCCUGUGUAACGUCCUCAUCUCACUAAUUAAGCAGUGUGUGUGUGUGUGUGUGUGAGAGCCGAGAGGACCAGAGCCUGGAGGUCGAACCCACAAUCUGAACGUAAUCAGGCACAAUAAUGAAGAUUAAAUACACCAUCUCCUUGGUCUUCAUAGUGGCUGUGGUCAUCAUCGAGAAGGAGAACAACAUCAUCUCAAAGGUCUCGGACAAGCUCUCUCUGAAGCAGACGCUGCAGACUCCACUCCAGACCAGUGGAUCGUCUUGGGCAUUUCUCAGACAAAAUGGCUCCAGUGUCCCUGUCCUGUCUGAGCUUGACAUCUCGUCCUAUCUGGAAGUUAAAUGGCGUCUGGAGAACAUCACAGAGCCCAGCGAUGGCGGGAAACACAUUCUCCUAUUGGCCACUACGCGUACAGGCUCCUCGUUUGUGGGCGAGUUUUUUAACCAGCACGGCGCCAACAUGUUCUACCUGUUCGAGCCUCUUUGGCACGUGGAGCGAAUGCUAACUCUGGAGGGUGGAGGGACCAAUGGUACGGUUUUGACGCAGGCUUAUCGUGACGUUCUCCUCCAGCUCUUCUUGUGCGACUUCUCCAUGCUGGAGAGCUUCAUCGAGCCACCACCAAAGGAUCAUGUAACGACAGGACUGUUUCGUCGCGAGUCCAGCCAGUCGCUGUGCAACGAUCCUGUCUGCACACCGUUCGUGAAGAAGGGUUACGAGCCUUACCACUGCCGCAACCGGCGUUGCGGUCCACUAAACCUCACGCUAGCAUCCCAGUCCUGCCGGGAGAAGGAGCACCAUGCCAUUAAGUCUGUACGAGUACGGCAACUAGAGACGCUACGAUCGUUAGCAGAAGAUCCACGGCUGGAUUUGAAGGUUAUCCAGCUGGUCCGGGAUCCUCGAGCCAUGUUAGCGUCCCGUAUGGUGGCCUUCGCGAACAAGUACGACCACUGGAAGAGGUGGACCAUGGACGGAGACAUUCCUGAGGACGACAAUGAAGUGAGGAAGCUUAGAGGGAACUGUGAGAACAUCCGCAUGUCCGCCGAAGUGGGUCUCAAACAGCCCCCGUGGUUGCGUGGAAGAUACAUGCUAGUGCGUUACGAGGACAUCGCCAUGUUUCCUAUGCUUAAAGCAACUGAGAUGUACCGGUUUACCGGCAUCCCGUUUACUGCCCAGGUGAAGGAAUGGAUCUUGAGAAACACACAAGCAUCCGAUAAGGCUAGCGGAGUGUACUCCACCCAGAAGAACUCAUCCCAGCAGGUGGAGAAAUGGAGGUUCAGUAUGCCGUUUAAACUCGUACAGAUGGUUCAGAAGAUUUGCGGCCCCACCAUGAAUUUGUUCGGGUACACGUUUGCAGAAAGCGAAGAAAUGCUGACUGACAAAUUGAUCAGUUUGAUCGAAGAAAGGACAUUUUUAUGACCACAGAACAAUUUUUUUUUACACAGAACUUUUACAAUUUUUAUUUAUUAUGGAGAAUCGUCCAAAAACAGAAAAGGACAAGAGCUGAAAGAUCAAAUACAUAAAACAUGUCACCUUCACAAACAUCAUGGAGGCAUGUGGAGAAAUAAAUUGCAUUAGAAAUGUUUGUUAUCACGUAUCUACAACAUUUUACUGGUCCAUAACCUGAACAUAUCAUGUAGCAUAGUGCUAUCGUUGGGUUUUUUAAAAUGACGUAUUUAUCAUUUCUGCCGUUCAGCUGGUUCAGGUUUCAACUCCGUUACGAAUCCUGCUUUCAUCCCAGAGAUGAAACGUAAGACGUGAAACUUUUUUUUAUAAUACCAGGAACUCCACUGAAACAGUCCUUAUUACCAAAAAUGCUAACGCUGAUGUUGCUAUGUGUGUGUGUGUGUGUGUGCUAAUAGCCAGGAUCCAGGGGGAUGUAUUACUUGCAGGUACCAAAAUUUAUCCUGAACGACUGACCUGAAAUUCCGAGCUCUUGGAUUAAACGUUGGUUACCGGAUUUCCCAUAUUACCCACAAUCCCGUUGGACUACAUGCUACCAUGAUAGUGGUGCAGUGGGACAUUUUCAGUUGUUUGAAUGCUAACACAAACGUUUUUGUAAUGUAAUCCAGGAAAACUAUCUGGCUCAGUAAAUAGCUAGGGUAAUAAGUUUGCUAAUAAAAGCUGUCAAUUACAGAUAGACUAGUGCAGUAAUAAACAGGUUAACAGAUGAACUAGCACACUGUACGCUAGCUACAGAUUCUUAAGCAUCUGAUGUUCUCGCUAAUUUGUUCACUAACUAAAUGGUUUACUAGAGACUGAGCAGGUUUUUUCGAAAACAUUCCUCCAAACUUUUGGAUAAGUAGCUGAUUGUUCUCUGUUCAUGUACAUGCUAGGUCAAAGGGCAAUGUGUUUGUUUCAUGCUUGAGGCUGGCAGUUAAAUCAAAAACCGUGUUUAAUUUUUUACAUUUUUUUUCUGUCAAUAUUUGGCUUGCUAAGUGACUGUUUUUGGAGGGAAUUUGCAUUUGGAGUGUUUUUAAUGUGUGUAUGUGUGUGUGUGUGUGUGUACCAUGUGUGUUGGGGCAUCCCUUCUGCAGCUGGCUUGCAGAAAUGUGUGAAUUGAUCUGCAGAGGUUUUGGUUGUAGACCAACUUCUGUCAACGCUCUUAUAAUUGAUAUUAAUGUGUGAAAAAGUUAGUGUCCAAACCCCGCUGUGCGUCCAAUUCCCUUUGUAACACAUCGCCUUGUCUUCAUCACUCCGAAGUGCGUAUGAACUACCAGCUAAAUACCUGCUUCAGAAGAUCUUUAAACAAGCUAGCUUACUUACCAUCUAGUACAAUAAUUCAAUCUGGCUGAGUAACUAGCUGCAGUACAAAGUGUGCUCACAAGCUACUGAGCUAGCUAACUUGCACAAUUUUAGCUUUCAAUUACAGACAGAGAACUGGAGUAAUAAAACAUGCUAAUGAGCUAGUUCAAUGAUUAGCUACGAUACUCCACCUAUAAGUAAGUUUUAAGUGCCUGAUUUGCCAGUUAUAUUGCUAUACAUCUAGGUCACUAACUAGGGUAGUAAUUUUGCUCACAUGCUAGCGUGUUAACUAGCUAGUAGAACAUAAGCUGUCAAUUACAGACAGAGGAGGGAAUCAAUAAAACAUGCUAAUUAGUUUACAGUGGCUACAGGUUCUUAAGUAGCUGAUCUGCCAGCUAUCUUGCUAAUCAUCUGGUUCAACAACUAGCAAAGAUUGCUAAAAAGAUAGUGUGCUAUGUGGCUAGCAUAAUCUUAGCUGCCCAUCAGCAGAAAUUUGGCAUAAAAAAAAACUGGUUUACUAAUUAACUUGCACACUCUAGCUGCAGGUUCUUAAAUAGCUGAUUUGCUAGCCGUCUUGUUUAUCAUCUGGUUCACAAACUAGCUAUGGUAUAAGCUAGUUUGCUAACAAGCUAGCAUGCUAACUAGAUAGCAUAUUUUAGCUGUCCAAAAGCUGUCAGAUAGAGGAGGAGAGUACUAAACAAUGUUCAUCAAUUAGCUAGUGUCGUUGGUACGCUAGCUGUUAUGCUAAUUAUCUGGUUGGGUUACUUGUUAACUAAAAACAAUAAAUCCCACCAUCCCUCAUGUGUAGAUAGAGCUGUUUGAGUAAUAAACCAGUGAAUGUGUUAAAUAGCUGAUUUAGGUGUAUGGUUUGCUAAUAAGCUAGCUUGCUAACUAGCUAGCACAAGAAAAUUAUUUCGUCGGAUUAUUUCACAUCAGCUGUCAAUUAGAAAUUUACACUGCAUUCUAAUUCGCCUGUUCACUAAUUAGCUAACAUAAAAUGUAGCCAAGCUAUCUAGUUAACUAUCUGGAUUAUUAACUAGCUAAGGUGCUAAGUGUAUGUUUUACUAGCGAGUUAGCUAACUUGCUAGCUAGCACAUUUACAGAUGGAGGAGCUGGAGUAUUGAAACAUGCUAAUUAGUUCAGUUGCUAGCCAUCAUCCAUGUCAACAAUGAUGUGUUAAAAACAGUAUUGGAGCACAGCCCUGGUGGGGUUUUUUUUAAUGGUAAAGAAAUAAAAACAUGCUAUUUCACAGACUUCUUGUUAAAAAAAAUUAAAAAAAAUCUUGCAUCAAAAUGGUGCAUUUUUGUUUUUUAUAAAUUGUUGUUGGAAUUUAUUUAUGUUGACAUUUUGGAAAAUAUAUAAAGCAAAACACUAAAAUGCGGUCUUCUGUGUUCUUCUCUCGUUGUAGCCACCUAGCUAAUAUGGCUAACCAGACAGGAAUUUUAUGAGAAUUUUUAGUCACAUUCAUAUCGUUCAUAAUUUUCACACUGCAAACUAGCUGACAAACCUAUGCUAGAAUUACAGUAUUUCUGAAAAGAUAUUUCACUCAUACCUAUAAAUGUUCCUAACUUUCAUUGCUAUUGCUAGAAUGUAUUAUUUAUGUUUAUGACAUUCACUGCUAACACUAGCGUGGAGGCUAACAUGGGUCUCCUGACAUACUUUCCGAGAGUAUUUUAUAGUCACAUCCAUAUACUGUAUGUUCAUACUUUUCCAUGCUAAUGCUAGCUGGCUAACUGUAAUCUAAUCUGAUAAGAUUUUUCAUUCAUGUUUAUGAUAUUCACUGCUAACGCUAUCCAGCUAGCUAACAUGGCAAACCUGACAGAUUUAUUAAAAAGAACUUUGCUAUUCACAAAUGUUCAUUACCUUAGCUGUUUAAGAUAGCUAGCUAGCUAGCAUGACCUAACACAACAUGAUUUCUCAGAAGAACUUGUUCAUAAUCUCGCUCAUAUACUGUAUGUAAACAUUAGCUCAAACUCAAUAGGAUUUCUGAGAGGAUUUUUCUGUUAUAACCUUAAAUGUUAAUAACCUUCACUGCUAAUGCUAGCAAGCUAACUAACAUAAGCUAAUUCUGCUGGGCUUCUUUACUGUUAAUGCUAGCCGGCUAGCUAAAAUUAUGUAAUCUUGACUGAUAAAGCUAGUCAACUAACUGACAUGAGCUAACGCCACAAGAUUUCAAAG